AUGAAAAUCCCCCUUUGGGCCCUCGUGGCCUUGCCCUUCUCCACCGCCCUCGUCUCCCCUUAUUACCAGAAUCCCCUACCCGAGGAUGAUGAUGAUGAUAGUAUCACCAUCGCCGACGAGAACAUAGAUUCCGCCCUAAUCAAUGGCAUAACCACCACCCUCGCAACAGUCCUCGACCACCUCACAACCGACAUCUGGCCCACCAUCGUGAACAACUACCUCAACUACAACCCCACCAUCCGCAAACUCCACCACCAAUACCACCAUGAACAUAAUACCAACAAUAAUAAAGAAACCCACAACCACAUCCACCACAUCCUCACCUACCACACCGUAAAGGGCUCCUAUCCCAUCGACAAACUCUUCCAAUCACCCACCGUUCCAACCUAUAUCCGUACUGAACAUAGUACCCUCCCCCAACGCAUCACCGUCCGUCCAAUCACAACACGCGAACUGAUGCUCAACUUCCACAGCCGCAUCAUCUCCCUGGAUAAACACGCCUCCAAUGGCAUCCUAUACCACAUCGACGCGGUUCUCAUGCCUCCGCCUUCUAUCCUCACCGUACUUAACUCCCUUCCUUCCGAGUUCAGCACCUUUACGCUAGCACUGUACAAAACUGGUCUGGAUAGGGUACUUACCACCAGCUCCGAUACAAAUACCAAUACCAUCACCAGCAGAAGCAGAAGCAAGAACCCCAACAAAGCCCUACACCUUCAAUCUAACGACGAAACACAACCACAACCAUCCACCUCAUCCCCUCAAACAAAACCGAAUGACAACCAAGAAGAAAAAGGAGAAAGAAGAGGAUUAACCCUCCUCCUCCCCCCCAACCCCUCCUUCGUGGCAACAUUCACCCCCGAAGCCCUCACCUUCCUCUUCUCCCCCGAGGGGAGUAAAUACCUCUCCGCCAUCAUGAAAUACCACAUUGUGGUUGGCGAGACGCUUUACUCGGAUCAGCUGUAUACCAAACACGGUGAUAUAUCCCCCCUUUCAUCGAGGGAUAAAUCCAUGUUUUAUAUAGAGAUGGAGAGUUUAUUACACAGAUACCAUUUACAUUCACAUAUUGAUGAUGAUGAUGAUGAUGAUGAUGAUGAUGAUGAUGAUGAUGAUGAUGAAGGGAAAGCGGAGAGGCUCUUCAUCGAUGCGAAAUGUCACGGCGUGUAUCGAUAUCUCCGAGUAAAUGGGUAUCAGGGUGUUUUGAAGGCCGGGGAGUUGUUGACUGCGGAGGGGAAUAUGUUUGUUUUAGGUGGGGGAAGGGUGUUGGUGCCGCCGAGGAGAUUGAAUGUGGGGGAGUAUGUGGGUGAUGCGAGGGAGGAGGGGGAUGGGGGUGGGUAUUUGAUGGGGGUGGAGGAGGUGAGGGAGAGAGUGGGGGGUUGGUUG